AUGCUCGCACAGUCCAUGACCCAUGGACCACCUCCUCUGGCCUCCCAGAUGUCCCACCACCAGAUGCCCCCGAUCCCUCCGAGGGGCAGCAGCUCGUCUACCCGUCGCAAUCUACCUCGGCAAAGCAUAGAAACCUAUCCGUCGCAGCCUGUCAAGAAGCAAAGCAAAUGGUCUCCCGAGGAAGAUGCCAUCAUUAUCGAACUCCGAGGCAAGAAUAUGAAAUGGGACGACGUAUCGAAACACUUGCCAGGUCGAAGCUCCAUCAGCUGCCGUCUACAUUACCAAAACUACCUUGAACGACGGAGCGAGUGGGACGAAGAACGCAAGAAUAAACUUGCACGACUGUACGAUAGAUUCAAAGCAGAGAUGUGGGCCAAGGUGGCCGAGGAGCUACAGGUUCCGUGGCGUGCGGCAGAAGCCAUGCACUGGCAGCUUGGAGAAAAUGACAUGGCGCGAAGAGCAGGUCAAACUCCGUUUACUCUUGCUGCUGUCAAUGCGGAGGCAGCCGGCCGAAAUUCUCAGAUCCGAGGACAUGCGCAUACGCAAUCGCAAGAGAGCAUAGGACGCGAAAUGCGAGCAUCAACGCCACAGUCAUCAUACGGAGCCAUUGGAGGCUCUCGACCGCCCAAUGUCAUGAACCGUCGUGAGCCUGCCAUGCAGAUUGGCCCACCACCACCACCGCAUCCUAUGCCGCCUUCUGGCACGUCAAUGCCAAUGCAACAGCAACAGCCGCCUCCGCCUGCGCCUGGCGACUAUUACAUGGGACAUGGCUUGCCGCCUAUUCAGCCUCAGCAGCAGCCCCAGCAGCAGCCUCGAGUGCCCGGUCCGUUGCCAGGCGUUGUCGAAUUGACUACAGGCGUCCAACCUUACUCGACACCACCGUCAGCCCACUUGUCUGGACCGCCUCCUCCACAUCCGCAGAGCAUGCAUCACGGGAUGGCGCCGCAGCGCGGCCACCAGCCCGGACCGCCCUUGUACCCAGAGCAAGAUCAUGGCCGGCUGAAGCGACCCGGGAGCCCGGACAGUCGAUUGCGAGAGAGCAACUACCGACGACGAAUGGAAUAA